AUGCGCCCCUCCACCCCCAGUCUAACCCUCACCCUCGCCCUCGCCCUUACCCUCCUCAUCACCACCCUCUCCGCCGCCCUCCCACUCUACAUGGCGCCCGUCAACGCCCGCCCACGCGCCCUCGGCAUCGUAGAUCAAAGCACGAUAGCGCGCGACGGGGUCUUUUUCGCUGAUGCACAGGGGAACGACAACGACAAAGACAAAAACAACAACGCGCAAGUUGUCGGGAGGACGGGGGAGGUGGACUGGCGGGCGUGGAGGCCGAGGGAGGUUUUGGCGAGGUUGAAUCUGCUUGGGUAG